CCUCCAGCCCUAGGGACAAAACAAAUCAGCCCACCUCGUGCUCUCUCACCUUCCCCUCUCCCUCGCCGGCCGGCCGGCCGAGCCCCGCCUCCGCCGCUCCUCCCUCCACUCCCGCCGGAGCGCAGCUCGCUGCCAGCCUCCCCGACGCCCUCUCCCUCCCGUCGCCGCCCGCCGCUGCCGCUGCCGCUGGGCUGGUGCGGAGAGGAGCGGAGGGAGAUCCGCCCGGCUCGGGCUCCACAGCUUCGCCGCCGACCGCCGACUGAAGAUGAUAGACAUGGUGUCUGCUAUUGAAGAGCUUAGUGGGCUGACUACUAAAGAACUUGGUGAGAUGCUGAAGGAGUCAGACAGCUUUGUUUUGCAGUCCAAGACAGAAGAUGGAAGUCCAAAGCAGGUGGACAUGGAAAAACUUGUGUCCUCACUUCCUCUUCAUCUCCUUGCUGUAUGUUUGGAGCUUGGGCAAGGCUCGGAUAUGGCUUAUGUGCUUCGUGGUGUGCGCUUUUUGCAUAGUUUGUCUGAGCUAGCAUCCCGCCAUACUAGACUGGAGCAGGUUCUUCUUGAUGAUGUCAAGAUAUCAGAACAAGUCAUGGACUUGAUAUUCUUCCUACUUUCUAUUCUUGCUCACAGAAAGAAGGAGAAUAAUGUUGGUGCUUCUCCGCUUGUACAUGCAUCACUUGUAGCAGCGAGUCUUCAUCUGUUGACAAGUUACUUCUCUUCCCAGUGGCAUGAACUUGUCCAUAUUCUGCUUGCACAUCCAAAGGUUGAUAUUUUUAUGGACGUGGCCUUUGAUAGUCUGCAUGAAGAUGUUAGAUUGUUGAGUAUCAGAUUAUCAGCAAUGGGCUUGAGUGAUGUUCCUGUUGGUUCUUUGGAGUGCCACCUUGCUCACUUCAUCUGCCAACAGUGUGAAACAUCGUUGCAAUUUCUUUUGCUGCUGUGUCAGCAAAAGCUGUUUCGAGAUCGUAUUUUAAAAAAUAAGGAACUCUCUAGAAACGGAGGCAUACUGUCGCUUUCUCACACUAUAUUAAAGUUAGUUGUUCCUGAAUGUUUGAAGGGAUCAACUGAUCUUGUUGCUUCAGUUUCCAGGCUAAAGGCUAAGAUACUUUCUAUUCUGUUGCAACUUUGUGAAGCUGAAAGUGUAUCUUACCUCGAUGAAGUUGCCACUUCCCCAAACAGCAUGCGGCUAGGGCAAACCUUGGCUCUAGAGGUUCUCAAUUUGCUAAAGACUGCAUUUGGAAGAAAACAAAAAAUUACUUCUGAUUCUCAUAAUAAGAGUUACCCCAUGGGAUCUGUGCUUAUCAGUGCAUUGCGUCUAGUUGAUGUGUUUUCUGACGAUUCAAACUUCAGAUCGUCCUUUAUGACUAACACUGUUCCCUUUCUGACCCAGAUUCUAGCAAUUCCUCAUGAUGAGUUUGUUUUGAGUUGGUGCUCAGUCAAUCUACCUGUGGUUGAGGAAGAUGCAAAUCUAGAUUAUGAUCCAUUUGGUGCCGUUGAGGUGGCACUGUUAGCUUCUGAUAAUGCGUUGACUGAAGCUAAAGCUAACUAUUCAUGCCCUUUUCGCCCUAGCCUGCCUUCAAUGGCAUAUGCACAGACAAGAACAUCAUGUGUAGUGAAAAUAAUAGCAAAUCUGCAUGUUUUUGUUCCAAAUAUAUGUGAAGAGCAAGAAAGAGAUCUUUUUCUUCAGAACUUUCAAAAGUACUUGAUGUCAGGGAGCCCUAAACAAUCAGUGGACCAGCCUAAUGAUUUUAAGGCCACUAAAGUCUGUAUAAACUUAGGAUCUUUGUCUGAUUAUGCUAAAACAUUGAUUCCUAACUUCUUAAAUGAGGAAGACGUGCAAUUGUUAAGUGAUUUUUCUGAUAAGCUACAAACUUGGUGUAAAUCACAAGUUGGACAGGUUGCACAACAGGUGGUACAUACUGAUACUCCAUCAGAAAGCAAGGAAGACUUGCACCCAGUGCAGCAGCCCUUGCCAACACAAGCAAGCACUCCUGACUCCUUUAUGAAUAACCUGAAGGAUGUGCAGAACAUGGAAGUGUCUACAACAGCACCCUCGACAAAGCUAGAGGGAAAUGCUACGGAUGAGACUCCAAAGAACUCUAGAAAUGGUGGUUUCCUGCAGAAUGCAGUUGGUCAAGACCUAGUCCAUCUUGGCGUUGCAAGAACAGCCAGUGCAGGCUUCUCGGCUGUCUCUUCUGGUGUUAAUACUGGAUACCAGCGCAGCAAAAUGGACCUCGAUCCAGCAUCCAGCACUGUGGAUCAUUUUAAAACACCGGAACUUUCAAAAGAAAGUGGUCUCCAGGAAGACGAGAAAGGAGAUACUAGUAUGUAUGAUGACAGGCAACCUAAGAGAAGGAAACGGACCAUUAUGAACGAUGAGCAAAUAGAUGAACUAGAAACGGCUCUAGUAGAUGAGCCUGAUAUGCACAAGAAUGCUGUUUUAUUGCAGAAUUGGUCAGAGAAGUUGAGCAUGCAGGGCCCAGAGAUCACAGCAUCACAACUUAAAAACUGGUUGAACAAUCGGAAAGCUAAGCUUGCUCGCAUAGCAAAAGAAAGAGGAGUGCCAUUUGAGGGGGAGAAUUCUGAUAAGCCAUCCACACCAGCUACUCCCCAUCUUGGUGAGUCCUCCGAAAGUGCCGGGGAGGACAGCUAUCUGCCCCCUGCAAGGGUGAUGAACGCUAUAUCCAAAGGCAGACUGGUGAGCCCAGACAGCAGUGAGCUGACAUCGUCGGCCGAGUUCUCCCAGAACAUGAUGCUGAGCCGCCCAUUCACAAGGUCCUUCUCGUUUGAGCCUGGCCGUCUCGUCUCGCUGGUCGACGGUGAUGGGAAGGAGGUCGGCCGGGGGAAGAUCUUCCAUGCCCCUCCUGGUAAAAGCUCCACGGAGAGCCGCCUCUGCGUGGUCGAUGUCACUGAGCUCAGGAUCGAGAAGUGGAGGGAGCUCCCCCACCCCUCCGAGGCGUCCGGGAGGACGUUCCAGGAGGCUGAGGUGAGGAAUGGCGGUGUGAUCAGGGUGCCGUGGGACGUCGUCAGGCUAGCACCUGUGGCACAGUAGGUAAGAGGCAGAAACUCUUGGUUUUGGGGGGCCGGAGGUGGAAGCUUUGGAUACCAGGAGAGCACAGCCGAGCAGGGCAAAGCUUUGGUUUAGGGUGAGAGAUCAGAAGCUGAUGGGUCUCUGGAUGUUAGGGCAAGCCAGCUGCUUAACAAGUGACUAACGUUAUGUAAAACCUGUCGAUAACGGUGACUGUUGUAUCCGUUAACUGAAUGCUAGACCUGGACAUGUUCACUGAGUUAUGCCCAAGAUGGUUACCAAUGUUACUGUUAUAGUUCUCGUGUACUCGCA